AUGGCGCAGCCGAUUGAAGAUAUGUCUAAGCGACGUACAUAUUCGAGUGAUGCCGUUUUUGCAGCUGUAGAUUUUGCAAAAGAAAACAAGAACUUUUCUGUAAGAAAAAUUGCAAGGGAAUUCGGAGUCCCUGAAACGACGUUGCGAAACAAAAUUAAUGGAAAAUUUGGAGUAAAAAUAUCGCUUGGAAGGCCUCCAGUAAUAAAUUUCCCUCUAGAACAAAAGCUUGCAGACCACUGUGCAUUUAUGGCACAAAUGGGUUACGGUUACACAAAAUGGCAAGUUUUAGAUAUAGCUAUGGAGUUAGCAAAGGCUUCGGGAGUCUCCGAUAAAUUUAGAAAUGAUAAACCAAGUAAGCAUUGGUUUAACGGAUUCGUAAACAGAUUCCCCCACAUGAUCAUGAGAAAACCCCAAAAGUUAGAGAGAGUGAGAGCACUGUGUGUGUCUCCAUCUACAGUAGAUGGUUACUAUAAAGAACUGAAAUCAACUUUAGUAGAAAUUGACUUAUUUGACAAACCUUCCCGAGUCUGGAAUAUUGAUGAAACAGGUAUUACAUGUGAUUACAAUCCACCUAAAAUUCUUGCGUCCAGAUACACCGAGUCAACGCAGUAA